AUGUCAUUCUUUCGGAAAUUAAACAAGAUGAGACAGGAUCAUCUUCGGAAUGGUGGUGAUUACGAGAAUUAUCAAGGAAGGAAAGAUGAGGAAUCUGUGGAUGAAAUCUAUGAUGCUAAUACAUUGGAAAUUUGUUUUUCUUCCUUACCGAAUGAUGAUUCAACAUCUUCCUCUCAAGGCUUGAAUUUCAUUCUCUAUAAUCGGAGAAGAAAACCAUCCCAACACGAAUAUUAUUCGGCAACUUUUUAUGAGCAAAUGAUUAUGUACAUUUCUGACUUAUUAUUCGGUAGACAUGAUAUGAACACAAGUAGAUGGUUGAUGCUCAUAGCUUGCAUUUUGUCAUUGCUUGGAUAUGUUUAUUAUCGAUGGCUCUAUUUGAAACGAAGAGAAGAACGUCAAGAUUUUGUGGAUUUGGCCCUUAGACAAAAGUAUCGAUUUUUAAAGUAA